UCCGCUGCUUGAGCAACACAUCCGCAAAACAACAAAACCAAUUCAAACCCAAAACAACACCAAAGUCAUUCAAAAUGGUCAAGGCUGUCGCUGUCGUCCGUGGUGACUCCAAGGUCACCGGCUCCGUCGUCUUCGAGCAGGAGUCCGAGUCCGCUCCCACCACCAUUACCUGGGAUAUCACCGGUAACGACGCCAGCGCCAAGCGUGGCAUGCACAUCCACACUUUCGGUGACAACACCAACGGCUGCACCUCUGCCGGCCCUCACUUCAACCCCCACAACAAGACUCACGGCGCCCCCGAGGACGCGAACCGCCACGUCGGUGACCUUGGCAACAUCGAGACCGAUGCCCAGGGUAACUCCAAGGGUACCGUUACCGACAAGCACGUUAAGCUGAUCGGCCCCGAGAGCGUCAUCGGCCGUACCGUCGUUGUCCACGGCGGCACCGACGACCUCGGCAAGGGUGACAACGAGGAGUCCCUCAAGACUGGCAACGCCGGUCCCCGUCCCGCCUGCGGUGUUAUUGGUAUCUCCAACUAAGCUUGUCGUACCUAAAUAGCUACUGUUUUGGGACGGAUUGUCAUCUGAGGUGGGGUUAUCAAGCUCCCUAUCUGCUUCAUUCCACAAAGCUGGCCGACUGUAUUGAAGGCAGCUGAAUGGUGAUAGUCGCAGGCUUCCAACUUUAGUACGGCAUCCUCAAAAGUAAUACAAAAAAAAUCACUGUAAAACGUCUCUCUGAAUUGGCUUGGUGAAUGGCAUCAGACCUGAACCUAAACGCCAGCGGGAGUUGCGGGGCUGGCUGGUCCUUGCACUGUGAGGGGUAGGAAAUGACGUGAACGCUGCUAAUACUGGCAUGAUGGUGCCUUUCUUUGGUAACAGCUGCGACACGCCGCCAUUCAUCUGGCAAUCUCUGAAUAAGGCAUAUGAGAGGUGGGGAAUUGUACGCCAACAAGAACCAAAAACCAGAAAAAAA